AUGCUGGCCUUGGAAUCCUUAGAUUUAAGUUUUAACAAUCUUAGAGGAGAAAUUCCAAAGUCAUUAGAAGCUCUUGUGUAUCUGAAAUACCUUAACUUCUCGUUUAAUGAACUCAGUGGCGAGAUUCCCACUAGUGUUCCUUUUGGAAAUGCCACAGGACAAUCUUUCUUGUCAAAUGAAGCACUUUGUGGUGAUUUUAAGUUUGAUGUGCCACAAUGGCGAAAGAUAAAGAAGAAUGCAGGUCAAACAGAUGUGCCUAUGGUAAAAGGGCAUGAAAGAAUUUCCUAUUAUGAACUUGAACAAGCAACCGGAGGAUUCGAUGAAAGCAACUUGCUGGGUAAUGGGAGUUUCAGCAUUGUCUACAAAGGGAUACUUAAGGAUGGUACUCUUUUGGCAACAAAGGUAUUCAAUGUGCAAUUGGAAGGUGCAUUCAAAAGUUUUGAUAUAGAAUGUGAGAUGUUGAGCAGCCUUCGCCAUCAAAAUCUUACUAAAGUCAUCACUUGUUGCUCUAGCCCCGAUUUCAAAGCCCUGGUGUUGGAGUACAUGCCCAAUGGGACACUUGAUAAAUGGUUAUACUCUCAUAACUUAUUCUUGGACCUAUUUCAGAGAUUGGAUAUAAUGAUAGAUGUGGCCUCAGCAUUAGACUAUCUCCAUAAUGGCUAUUCAACACCAGUGGUGCAUUGUGAUUUGAAGCCAAGCAAUGUCUUGUUAGAUCAAGAAAUGGUUGGCCAUGUUAGUGAUUUUGGCAUUGCAAAAUUGUUAGAUGCAAGGGAGGAUUUUGUUCAGACAGGGACAAUAGCAACCAUUGGAUAUAUUGCUCCAGAGUAUGGACGAGAUGGAAUGGUAUCCACGAGCUGUGAUGUUUAUAGUUUUGGCAUCCUGAUGAUGGAGACUUUUACAAGAAUGCGACCAAUUGAUAAAAUAUUUGUUGGAGACUUUAGCAUACGACGUUGGGUUAGUGAUUCUUUUCCAAGUGGAGUUCAUAAGGUGGUGGAUGCUAAUUUGGUACAGCUAGGGGAUGAACAAACUGAGGCAAAGAUGCAGUGUCUUUUAUCUAUCAUGGAAUUAGCUUUGAGCUGCACUCUAGUGACACCUAAUGCAAGAAUUAGGAUGGCUGAUGCUCUUUCUACACUUAAAAAGAUUAGACUCCAGUUUGUCAGUAGUCGUCACUAG